ACAAUUGGAUUUUGAUCGAUCCCAUCCCCAUCGGUAAAACCCACCAAAACCCCUCAUUCUUCACCUGUGCAACACUCAUAUCUCCGUCUCCUUCUCCUUCUACGUCCAUCAAUGGCGUCUAUUGCCUUCAGAAACUCUAAUUCCAGACAUCUAUUUAGACUAUCUCCUCAAUUACGCUCCGGUUGUCGAGGAUCCGUCGYAUCAGCUUCUGGUUUCCCAACCAUUGAGUCAUUUUCUGGAAAUGAUAACGCCGUAGCUCCUAAUYCAUGGUGGAGAUCCAUGGCCACUUUUACACGAACAAAACCUCAUGUUAAUGUUGGAACAAUUGGACACGUUGAUCAUGGAAAGACGACACUUACGGCUGCAAUCACAAAGGUACUGGCCGAUGAAGGGAAGGCGAAGGCUAUUGCCUUUGAUGAAAUCGAUAAGGCUCCUGAAGAGAAAAAGAGAGGAAUCACAAUUGCGACGGCUCAUGUGGAAUAUGAAACCACUAAAAGGCAUUACGCUCAUGUGGAYUGUCCUGGACACGCUGAUUAUGUUAAAAACAUGAUCACUGGAGCUGCUCAAAUGGACGGGGGAAUUCUGGUGGUCUCUGCACCUGAUGGACCCAUGCCACAAACAAAAGAGCAUAUCCUUCUUGCACGACAGGUGGGUGUGCCAUCACUCGUGUGUUUUCUGAAUAAAGUUGAUGCGGUUGACGAUCCCGAGUUACUAGAACUCGUGGAACUAGAGCUUCGAGAGCUUCUUAGCUUCUACAAGUUUCCGGGGGAUGAAAUUCCCAUUGUACGAGGUUCAGCUUUAUCGGCUUUACAAGGCACUAAUGAUGAAAUUGGAAAAAAUGCCAUUCUAAAGUUGAUGGAAGCUGUAGAUGAUUACAUUCCUACACCUGAACGCCAAAAGGAGAAGGCAUUUUUAAUGCCGAUUGAAGACGUUUUCUCAAUUGCGGGGCGUGGUACUGUUGCCACUGGUCGUGUUGAACAAGGGACGAUUAAAGUUGGGGAGGAAGUUGAGAUUAUGGGGUUGAUGCAGGGUUCGAAAAAAACUACGGUUACUGGUGUUGAGAUGUUCAAAAAGAGUUUAGAUCAUGGAGAAGCUGGUGAUAAUGUCGGUCUCCUUUUGCGUGGUAUAAGUAGAACUGAUAUCCAGCGAGGACAGGUGAUUGCAAAGCCUGGUAGUGUAAAAACGUACACRAAGUUUGAGGCUGAAAUCUACGUUCUUACAAAGGAUGAAGGUGGUCGUCAUACUGCCUUCUUUUCAAACUACAGACCUCAGUUUUAUUUGAGGACGGCGGAUGUCACUGGGAAAGUGGAUUUGCCUGAAAGCGUAAAGAUGGUUAUGCCUGGGGACAAUGUCACUGCUGCUUUCGAACUAAUCACGCCAGUUGUUCUUGAACCAGGCCAAAGAUUUGCCCUUCGGGAAGGAGGCCGAACGGUGGGUGCAGGAGUAGUUUCAAAGGUGAUAAGCUGAUAAUUGAAUGAUGGAGAUGUUGGUUUUAUUUAAAUUUUUUGGUAUUUUGACCACUUGGAAAGAGGAGGUAAGAGACAUAAAAUUUGCAAACAUUUGUUUGUUGUCUGUCUUUAUUCAACAGCAUCAUCAAAUCUUACGAUCGAACUCAAACAAAUACUUGUCUUCUAGUUGUCGAAAAGCAAAACCAACGAGUAAAGUGAAUACCCGAUGGGUGCGGUAAUAAAACCCGAAAAUUUAAUUGGAA